AUGAGCUGUCUUUAACUCUCGGCGAUAAUUUUAGUGGUGGUGAUUGAAUGUUUGUUGUGGUUCCACGUGAACGGAAUAUAUCUACCAAAGAACGAAAAGCCGGGUUAUUAUCAUCAAAAAAAAAAAAAAAAAAUUCAUUAAUUCAUCUUAUAAAUUAGAAAAUCCGAUUCUUGAUACAAUAAAGUAUUUUAUUCAUCAAAAUAUUGGAUUAUUAAAAUAUUGCCGGUAUAAUAUUGAGAACUCCGAUGAUUCCGUGUACAAAAAUGAUACAGCCAAGAAUUCUAUAUCAUCAUUCCAGAAUGUCCUGCCACAUGAUUCUUUUGUGUUUGGCAAUGAUUUGGCUAAUACCAAUAAUCAAUGCCAAUGCCAAAAAGAAAGAAUCGCCUCAUAUGCCUUUAGAGGAAAGAAGCGAAAAAUUAAUUCAAAUGUCCUUCAAACGGCCAAUGAUACGCUUGAAUCCGGAAAAAUUUCGUACAUUCAUUGGAUCAAAACAACAUGGUCAACCGAUUCGUAAUUAUACAUUCGUUGUCAUGAUGACUGCAUUAUCACCGGGACGACAAUGUUCUGUAUGUCGUUCGGCUGCCGAUGAAUUUUCCAUUGUAGCCAAUAGUUGGCGUUAUUCAUCUUUGUUCAAUCCAAGCCUAUUUUUCGGUUUUGUUGAUUAUGAUGAAGGGUCUGAAAUCUUUCAACAACUUAAAAUCAAUUCAGCCCCGGUGUUUUUAUUGUUUAGUGAACGACAAAUGAAAGCAAACACAUUAUUAAUCAAACAUGCUGAUCAAAUGGACAUUCAACGAAUUGGUUUCUCCGCCGAAACUAUUGCUCGUUGGAUUGCCGAAAAAACUUCCAUCUCGAUUCGUGUAGUUCGUCCGCCCAAUUAUACUGCUUCAUUUCUAUUGGUUAUAUUUUUCAGUUUGUUUUCCAUCAUUCUUUAUGUUCGCCGAAAUAAUCUCGAUUUUCUUGGUAACAAAACUUCCUGGUCAGUAACCGCUUUGGCUAUUGUUUUUGGUAUGACUUCUGGUCAAAUGUGGAGCCAUAUUCGUGGACCACCAUUGAUGCAUCGUUCAGCGAAUGGAAUAUCAUACAUACAUAAUGGAAGCGGUGGACAAUUCAUUAUCGAGACUUAUAUCAUCUUUGUCAUCAAUUGUGCUAUUGCCGCUGGUUUCAUAUUUAUUAUUCAUGCCGUUAAACAAAGUGGUAAAAUAGAUCAGAAGAAAAAGAAAAUAAUGUUGAUUGCCGGAGUUUCAUUGAUUGCAAUAUUUUUCUCAUUCCUGAUGUCAAUCUUUCGUGGUAAAGCACAUGGUUAUCCAUAUAGUUUUCUUUUCAAAUGAAUUCAUUGAAUUUAUUGGUGAAAAUUGUGAAUAAUGAAUCGAUUAAUUAUCCAUUAACAUCCAUAUGGUACAUGCAUGCAUAUUCGUAUUCAAAGAAGAAUUUUUUUUUGUUUUGUUUCCUUGGAAACCAACAGAAACAUUUUAUUUUUUUUUGUUUGUUUGUUUGCAUGGAUUAAAAACACAAACUUGAUUUGUUUAUUCAUUAUUUUCUACUAUUAAACAAAUAUAAAAUGUAAUUUUUUU